AUGCCGGCUAAACAAGAUUGCGAUAUUUUAAAAUCGCUGUUUGAUGACGAGCUCAACCUUGUAGGCGUACUGGACUGGGAAUGGAGCUUCGUCGUCCCAGCACAGAUGCUAGCCCCGCCAGUCUGGCUAAGCGGCGGCGACCCAAAAUGGAUGUUCAUCGGCACGAAUCUAUUCUACAACGAGGUUGGCCGUCUUGUCGCCGCCGUCCGAGGCCGAGAGCGAGCACUCCAGGUCCCGCCACGACUCUCUCAAGAAUGGGCCAAGUCAGAAGCGUGGUGCCAUACGGCCGUAGUGGUUGCCCUGUUGAGCCCAGACCUGACCUACGACGCCUACUGGGACUUUGUAUUCUACGAGGCUGAAGAGCCGAGACCGGAGGAACCCGGCUUCGACUUUCGGGCAUUUUACAUGAGAGCUAUUCACCCUCGCCUGAUAGCCUUUAUGGAAACCCCAGAGCGGAAAGCUUUGCUCGCGCGCAAGGAGGAGGAGCAGAUACGCUUUUUUAAGGACGAGAAGGAGUACUUUGGCAACCCGGCCGCACGACAGAUAGCGGGAGAGGGUUUGUGA